UCAGGAUUGUAUUGGUGCAAUCGAUGGAACACAUAUACGUGCUAAAGUUUCACAAGAUGAAGCACCCAAAUAUCGUGGGAGGAAAUAUUAUCCAACACAAAAUAUAUUGGCUGCAUGUACGUUUGAUUUAAAAUUCACGUACGUAUUAGCUGGAUGGGAAGGGACAGCAUCUGAUUCAAGAAUCAUGAAAGAAGCACUAACUAGACAAGAACCGUUAAAAAUUCCCGAAGGUAAAUACUACCUUGUUGAUGGAGGAAUCAUGUUGAGAAGUGGGCUUAUCACACCUUAUAGGGGAGCGCGGUAUCACUUGAAAGAGUAUUCAAGAAAUCCACCUCGAAAUCCUCGUGAAUUGUUUAAUCUGCGACAUGCAUCUUUGCGUAAUGCUAUUGAACGAGCAUUUGGAGUUCUUAAAAAGAGAUUUCCUAUAAUUGCUAGUUCAACUGAGCCAUCAUAUGGUGUUGGUACCCAAAAACUUAUUAUUUUUGCGUGUUGUAUUUUGCACAACUAUUUAAGAGGAGUAAAUCCAAACGAUGAGUUACUUGUACAAGUGGAUGUUGAGCUUAUGAAUAGUGAUAGUGUGCCUGAAGAACCGUCAAAUUCUACGGAAAGCAAUGACGAAACACAAAGAGGAGAGACAAUUCGAGAUCAAAUUGCAGCCAGCAUGUGGUCUAACUACCAAGCUUAA